UGGUGUUAUAUAUAUGGUUUUUUUCGCUGUUGGAUUUGACAAAAACCUAUAUGAAUUGUUGUUUUAUAGUUUUCCACCAUGUUAUUUUGUUAGUCAAAGUUCUACCAAAGAACAUGGAUCGAAAAGUCGGGGAAUGGCCAUUGGGCAAGAGGCUGGCGGAAGAUAUGGCUAUUGAAAAAAGCCCAAAAAUCAAUAACAUCCUUAUAGGAAAUUCUUCACAACACAAGAACCUUACAAGGAGGAGGCUUGAGUUUAGAGAUGGCGAUGCGACACCAAUUUCUGAUAUCAUUAUCAUUGAUGAUGAUGAUGAUGAGCUUGACUUGAAAAACAAUUUUGAG